UAGUUAAGAGUAAAAAUUCUUAAUUUUUCCGAAUUACUUUAAUAAUAUUUUUCAUGAGGAAAUUUCUUCUUUUUCUUUAUAAAUAGAAUUUUAAUUAUAUAGAAAAAUGAUUUUUAAAUACAAUCAAAUAAUUUUUGCAAUUAUUUCUUUAAUUUUAUCAAAUGGAUUUUGUGAAAUUAUUGAAAAAACAUCCGAAUCACCAGUACCAGUUGUAAUAUGGCAUGGAAUGGGUGAUACUUGUUGUAAUCCACUUAGUAUGGGUAGAAUAAAGCAAUUAAUUGAAAACAAUAUUCCAGGAGUAUACGUCAAAUCAUUAGAAAUUGGUGGAAAUAUUGUAAAUGAUUUGCGAAGCGGUUUUUUUAUUCAUCCUGAUAAACAAUUAGCUGAUGUUUGUGAACAACUGAAUGCUGAUGAAAAUUUGCAAAAUGGUUUUCAUGCUAUAGGAUUUUCUCAAGGAGCACAAUUUCUACGAGGAAUUGCACAAAAAUGUAUUGGCCCACAAAUGAAAACAUUAAUAUCAGUCGGAGGUCAACAUCAAGGUGUCUAUGGUUUACCAAAUUGCCCAUCUUUAAGUUCAAAAACAUGUGAUACUAUUCGAAAAUUAUUGAGCAAAACGGCUUAUGCAAAAUGGGUACAAAAAUUAUUAGUUCAAGCAACAUAUUGGCAUGAUCCAUUAAAAGAAGAUGAAUAUAAAGCCGGAAGUACAUUUAUUGGUGAAAUAAAUAAUGAAAAUUUAUUAAAUUCAACGUAUGCAUUAAAUUUACAACGAUUAGAGAAAUUUGUCUUAGUUAAAUUUAUGAAUGAUUCUAUGGUUGAACCAAAAGAAUCAUCAUGGUUUGAAUUUUAUACACCGGGACAAUCACAACAUAUUCAACCACUUAAAGAAAGUCCUCUCUAUAAAGAAGAUCGAUUGGGUUUGAAACGAAUGGAUGAAGAAGGCAAAUUAGUUUUCUUGGAAGUUGAAGGUGAUCAUUUAAGAUUCAAAGACACAUGGUUUGUUGAAAAUAUCAUCCCAUAUUGGAAAAAAGAUUGAACAAAUUUCAUAAAGAUUUUUAAUAUAGGUUAUGAGAAUUUGUUAACUUGAUACCUAAAGAAUUUUAAAUAAAC